AUGAACGCAUUUAAGAAGAAGGAGCGCGAAAUUUUACAACAGUUGGAAGCGCAGGAAGAUAACACAGCAGAAAUCCACGAAACGUUCACCAAUCUUAGGCAAGAAGUUGAAAUGAAAACAAAGAAGCUGAAAAAAUUGUUUGCGAAGUUGCAGCAGGUUCGCGCAGAAAUUGGUGAUGCUGGAACGAGUCAUUCGCAGGAAAGGAGAGACCUGGAAAAUUCAGUCACCGAAAUUAACAAAGAAUUGAAAUUGAAGUUGCUGGUCGUGGAAAAUUUCGUGCCGCAGGAUGUUCGUGAUCGAAUUCGAGAAAGAGCAUACUGGGAUGAAGACGAAGAUAACUGGAAACUUCUGAAGGUUGGGCAGAGCCGACCUCGGAGUACUACUUCCGAAGAAUUAUGCCGGUCGGGUGGUGCAGAUUCUGGACUGGGUAUCAGCGACACUUCGACCAGUGUUGAUUCGCUUGCUCAAGAUUUGCUCAAUAACAGACCGGUAUCAGUGCCCGGAAUGAGGCGGCCAAUGUGUGAUCGCGAGCGAAUAUGCUUGGCGAGGUUACGUCAGUGGUUAAAUUCGCAGUCCAGACACGGUCAGCCAAGAUCCGUUAAUUAUCCAGAUGAAGUGCUGCGAUAUUGUGGCGAGAAUGUUCUAACAUUCACUUGUUUGGAAAAGUUGCCGAGGAAGACUCGGGUGUACGAAGCUUCUGAAGCUGAAGCGGGAUUUCAGGUGUGUUUUACGACUUUAGCAUUCCAGAAGCUUCGAAUGACUUCAGUUUACAUUCUCCAAAUUAAUGAUCGUUUAGCAGCAAUAAUAGCUUUCCGAGCUGUUAAAAAGGAAAGAGCAUCUCUUCUUAGCGUCUUAUGUCUGCAGUGGUACCAUUUUCUAACAAAGCGUAUUUUAUAGCU